UCUACAUGUACAACUCUCUGUUCUGGGACUCAUUUGAUCUCAUUUCAAUUUCAACCCCUCCCGCCCCUCACUGUUCUGUCUGCCGCAAACUUCUGGCUCCCGGCCAUAUGCUGACAACGGCAAUAGAAAAUGCCUUUAGACCUAUCAGUAUACCUGGUCACAGAUUCGACCCCAGCCAUUCUUAAAGGCCGGGAUCUGUGCACUGUGGUAGAAAAAGCGUUAAAAGGAGGUGUGACUAUCGUGCAAUAUAGAGACAAAACAAGCGACACAGGGGACUUGAUUCAAACGGCUAAAGAGCUGCACAAGAUCACUAAAGCUUAUGGAGUCCCCCUGUUGAUCAACGAUCGUGUAGAUGUCGCCCUCGCUGUUGGAGCAGAGGGUGUCCAUCUUGGGCAAGACGAUAUGUACAUCGAGGAGGCGAAAAAACUGCUUUCCAAAGAUGCUAUCAUCGGAAUCAGUGCGUCUUCCGUUGAAGAGGCCCAGCGAGCCAUCGAGGCGGGUGCCGAUUACCUGGGUAUCGGAACCAUGUUCGCAACGCCGACUAAAACGAACACGAAACACAUACUCGGAACAGCAGGCACUCAGGCCAUUCUUGACGCUAUUUCCGACUCCGGUCGAAAUGUGGGGACCGUCGCUAUCGGCGGUAUCAACCUUUCGAACGUCCAGCGGGUGAUGUACCAGUCCAAAGCCCCCAGAAAGGGACUGGAUGGGGUUGCUAUCGUCAGUGCCAUCAUGGCAGCAGAUGACCCGCGCGCUGCGGCCGAGGAGUUUGUCAAGCGUAUCAACAGCACACCCAGCUUCGCAUGGGAACCCAAGGCACCUAGAGUGAAUGAAGCGGCAGCAUUGGUCGAAGAUGUGCCUCAAAUCGUUCAUAAGAUGGUCAAGGCACACCCGUUGGUCCAUAACAUGAUUAACUACGUCGUGGCCAAUUUUGUUGCCAAUGUUGCUCUCGCAAUGGGCGCUUCACCCAUCAUGUCCCCAUACGGCGAAGAAGCGGUCGACCUGGCCAAAUUCGACGGCGCCCUUGUCAUCAACAUGGGGACCUUGACGCGCGAGAGUAUACCGAACUACCUCCAAGCGAUCAAAUCAUACAACGAGCGCGGAAAUCCAGUGGUCUACGACCCGGUUGGCGCUGCUGCGACUCAGAUCCGGCGCAGCGCAGUAAAGGAGCUCAUGAGCGGUGGCUACUUUGAUCUUAUCAAGGGGAACGAGGGAGAGAUUAGACAGGUGUCAGGGAGCAGUAACGCGGUCCAGCGCGGCGUGGACAGUGGACCAAGCACUCUUGACGGACAAGAGAAGGCCAGAUUGGCCCGAGACCUAGCCAGAAGAGAGCGUACGCUCCACCGUCCUUCCUACUGAAAUCUAACUGCUAACCCUGACAGGAAACGUCGUCCUUUUGACCGGCGCCGUCGACUAUUUAAGCGACGGCGAGCGCGUGAUCGCUGUCGAGAAUGGCCAUGAAUUCCUUGGACAAGUCACCGGCGUACGUCUAGCACGCCUUUUUUCCUUAAGUUUCUUGCUAACUCGUCGUACAGACUGGUUGUGCCGUGGGAAUGGUGUCCGGCUGCUUCCUAGCUGCACACCCCUCCGACAAGCUUCUGGCCGUU